AUGUAAUUAGAGAAAUCAAUUCGGAAACAAUUAAUCUUGCCCAAGGUUGAGGGUUGCAUUAAAUUAGAAAUCGACACUCAAUUGGAUUCUCCAAAACAAAGGGAUUGGGCCUAUACAGCGAGAUCAGGAGGAUCUAAUGGAAUCGGUAGUAGUAAUGCGAUCACCACGAUCACGAUUUCUUCAGGCAGGAGAAUACAAUUGUAUACUCCGAUGUAAGAAAGCAAGAGAGCUUAGAGAUUAAAGAAUAUUCCUUAUGAGUUAUAAUAUUUCCAAACUAGUUUACCAACAAAAAGCUUUAAAUCUAGUCAUCUUAUGAAUGAAGAAUUGCUUAAAAAGCCAAAAGAAUAAAUUGAAAAUAAAUAGAGAUGGCAGUUGCAUUCUCACUUUAAUAAGAUGAAUCUAGCUUUAACUGAGUAUCAGAUCAAAAGAUUUGAAAGAUGUUUAAAAAAAACUGAAUCGACAUACGAUGUGAAUACAAUAAAGAAACUAAAUGAGGAAAACAUAGAGAAGGAAAAACAAAAAAGAAACACACAAUAUAAACAAGCUACUCAAGAUCUAAUAAACUCUUUUACAAAAAAAUUCAACAUCAAAGCAUUAUAUAAUGAUCUUUAAACAAACUAAUAAUAAUGA